UUUGCUCGGGGCAAAAGGGUACGACCGUGAACGGACACAAAAUAAUCCUCGUUACGCAAAUCGGCAACGUAUCCGUAAAGUGUACUCCUACGCAGCUGAUGACCAUCGUUGUCAGUUGACGGGGGUAAAAUUGAAAAGUGCAAGUACGCCAGGCCACGUGUAGAAUGUCCAUGAAGGUGGUGGCAAACGCUAAUCAUGUGUUCUUGUCGCGAAACCUGGCACAGUACCACCGAAAUCCGUUGCUCUACUCAACGUAUCGCGGGCUUUUCGAUUUUACUCCCAUCACGAGGACACGGCGCGAAUUCACACAGAAGAAACUAGUCGGAUAUUCAAUGCACCAGCUGUACUCGGUAGUAGCGGACGUCGAUAAGUACAACACGUUCGUACCGUUUUGCAAAAAAUCCUUCGUGUACGAACGUAAACCUGGCUCACUGAAGGCAGAUCUCAUUAUUGGGUUUCCGCCGCUGAACGAAAGCUACACCUCGAACGUAACGCUAAAGGCUCCGACUCUCGUGCGGGCCGAAUGCGUCGAUGGCCGGUUGUUCAACUAUCUGCUGACGGCGUGGCAGUUUAGCCCGGGCCUGAAAGAUAUUCCACAGUCUUGUGUGAUUGAUUUCAUGGUUUCGUUCGAGUUCAAGUCGCUCCUGCACUCGCAACUGUCGAACCUCUUUUUCGAUCAGCUCGUGAAGCAAAUGGAGUACGCCUUCAUACAGGAAGCCGAACAGCGUUACGGUACGCCGGCCAUCAAGAGCCACGUGCUCGUAUCGAACAAGUCCUAGCCCAAGCUAAGGGCUCGUCCAAAUGCGAAAGAUGAGCAAAACCAAGAUUAGAUAGCUAACGAACGAUUAUUCGACAAAUCAAAAUCCGAUGUUCUUUUUUCUAGGAAACUUUUAUCUUACUCACUAACAUUCAACAGCAUUACGCGGAGCGACCCAUUAGAACACAAAUGUCUAUAUCUAUAUAUUGUACGAUCCUUAUUUUUUGUUGUUUGUUAAUAAGAUGCGCGAUGUAGUCAAUGUUUUCCUUUUGUAAAUAUUUGUUAAUUAAUGCCAAUAAUGAACCGUUUGAUCGACAUAAUGAAAAUGGGGUCGACAUGUUUGUUUUACUUCGUAAAUACUGCGAACGAGUGAUACACCCAAACCCCCCGACGAAUAAAAUGAAAGGUUGAUUGACUGGAACUGGAA